AUGCAUCAAAUCGAAUCCAAUAAUCCCACAGACAAGACCAUUGCGAAUACACCAAACUAUCAGAUGACAAUGAAUAUGAACAAUAUCAUAGAUUCCGCCAAAGAAUUCACUGAAAUACCAGAACCAAACCCCACACACAAGACAACGGUCAUGCACAUAAGACCCCACAAAACCAAACGAUUCCGGUAUUUUCCUGAACAAAACUCAAUUGGGGACUUUGUUCAGUCCAUACACUAA